GUUUAGCAAUGCAACUGUUCUCGUUAUUAUUACUUUGCAUCUUCAUGGAAAGAGCUGUAGUUUUAGGCUCAAAUAAUAUCUACAAGGAUUUAUUUCAAAAUUAUACCAAGGAAUUACUUCCAACAUGGGAUGUACCCACACCUCUCAAACUUAACAUCAAUGCUGCACUAAUAUCAGUAGUGUCGUUUGUAGAACUUGAAGAAAAAAUUAUAACGACAAUGAGUUUAUCAUUAAACUGGACGGAUCCUAGAUUAGCAUGGAAUCCAAGUUUAUAUAAUAAUGUUUAUUUGUUAACGUUACCGCCACAUAAUGUCUGGCUCCCGUAUCUCUACCUUUCUAAUAGUCUGAACGAUGUCAAACCCAUUGGACAAGAAGCAAACUUCUAUGCGAUUGUAGCAGCCACGGGAGCGGUUUACUGGAGCCCAGGUGGAGUGUUUGAGGCACAGUGUGCGCCUGAUGUAUCCAACUUUCCUUUCGAUACACAGUUCUGCUUGUUUUCUUUCAUUAUGUGGGGUAUUCCACCUGGAGAAGUGGAAUAUAUUAUUAAUUCUAAUGUUCCAGAUCUGACUUACUAUUAUGCCAAUUCUGAUUGGACUCUUAUUGAUACACAACAGUCUGUAUUGAGGGGAAACUAUUCGUCAUCGUUUUUUGUUGGACUUUACAUUAAACGUAAACCAGUUUACUACGUUGUAACCGUAAUAUUACCCACACUAUUGUUUUGUCUAAUGAAUCCACUUAUAUUCUGUCUCCCUGUGGAAUCAGGAGAACGAAUUUCUUUAGGAAUGACAAUUCUACUGGCUUACGCUAUAUUUCUUACCAUAGUAUCGGCUUCAAUCCCAGCAAAAUCGGACCCUUUGUGCAUCAUUCUUCUAGUUCUUGUGUUAAUAAUGAUGAUUAGUGGUGUAAUUGUUAUUUUGACUAUAGUGAGUUCAUACUACUACUAUAUGGAAGAUAUAAGCCAUGCGAAUACAUGUUUAAGGCGUUUAACAUUGCGAUUAAAGCGACAUCAGGUAGAGAAGAACAAUUUGGAGGGAAAUAAAAAUUCAAAUUUCAAUUCUUUGUCAGGAAAAGACUUGUCUAAAACACUUGACGUUAUAUUUUGCGUCAUCUCUUUUGUUUUAUUUAUUGGAAUAUUGUCUGCAUAUUUUCUAUAUGUAUUGAUAGUAUAGUAUUGUAUCAUUAUCAAUUCUGUUCUGUAGACACAUGUUCAUAGUUCUGUAUAAACUGUAAGGUAUGUGAAUUGCAUUUAUAUUUUAUAAGCACCCAUAUAACUUUAAGGAGCUAUGUUUUACCUUAAAACUUAUGUAGCCAGAAAAAAAUAGACUAGACAAAGAAGUACAGUCAGUAUUACCUGCUACUUUUGUCUUUUAUAUAUAAUAGUCUAAGAUAUCACUUAUUUAUUCUAAAAAGCUCUAAAGGUGGGUUAAGGAGGAGGGGUUAAUAAUGAUAUAUAACUGUUGGGUCUUACUUUUCGGUGAGCCCAUUUAGAGCCCCUUUUUUUAAGUCACAGAUCCGCCACUGGGCUUGAUUGGGGUUAAUUUUAUAUAACAUGUUUUGUUUUUUCGUGCAUUUGUAUAGCGUGAGGGUACCCAAAUUGCUCCUAUUUUGACAGUUUUUUCACCUACGUUUUUUAAUGAUCCAGACAAAAGUUUCCAUUCCGUGUUUAUUUUGUAGACGUAUCCUUAUCUUCUAUAUAGUUACACUAAUUCAAUUUUAAAUCCAUAUUGAAUCAUAGAAAUAUGGGUUUGACCGACCUCCAAACGAUCCAUGAUUCUGUAAUGAUGAGUACCUAAAUUGCAUCCAUGCUUAAAUUCACAUUCUUAAAAAUCGAAUAACAGAUGUUUUGUUUUAUUUCUUCAAAUAUUUAAACAAUUUGUCAUAAGUCAAUGCUUACUUUAUUUAUUUUUUAAGAAACGGAUGCUUGAAACAUAUUUGAUUUGCUCAUUUUUAAAAGAUGACUUUUUGUGAACGUCGCAUGGCGACGUGUACGUAGAUUUUACUUUUUCCAGUGAAUGCUUCAUCUAUUGAUAUGUACUAUGAAUGUUUUGUGUAUAUUUAAAUAUAUUUACCUAUGUUGAAAGACGUGUAUAAUGUUAAAUCAUGAAAAUACAAAUUGUUUAGCAACAAAGAAAACUUGUAAGAUUUCCGCAGCUGAUUUUUUGAAUAGGUGCAAUUUUGGGUACUCGGUGCAAUUUGGGUACUGUGACGUUAGCUUUUAAUAUUCUGUGUGAUAUUCUGUAUAUUCUGUAUAUUAUGCUGAAUAUGGAAUAUUAUGGUGUCAUUUCUGGUUGGAUUUGAAUCAACUUGUUACAACUUGAAGCAAUAUUAUCUAAGUGUAUUUUUCUGUGUUAGAUGAGUAAAUCAUGCGGUUACGGAAACACCAAUUGGCAUACAUUAAUCAGAAUAAACAGCUUGGAUUACACGCAUAUCGUAUCGAUCGGGUUUUGAAGAAGAAGAAGACGAUACAGGUUUGUUAACAGAACAAGAAAAAAUGGAAUCUGUUUCGAAGGAAUUUCAGGAUUUUAAUACAAAGUUGGAGUUAAAUCCGGGUUUAAUACGCUUAAAUCUGAACAUAAUGAACGCUCUUGACAUGCACGUGAUUCAAGACGCAAAGCAAAAUAUUGAAAAACUUUUAAUUAAAGAACAUCCUAUUGUCGAAAACGUUCAGAAAAAUAUUAUUGCUAUACUCAAGACUAAAAUACCAAGAGAACGACGAGAAGCCAGAUUUGAUCUUGAAGAUAUAAGAAAGAAGUCCCCAGACAAUCUAAACGUACUAGCCGAUUUGGAGUGUAUUUAUACAGAGCUAGAUCGAAGUAAGGAUGCAGAGGCCUGCAAACAUAAAUAUCAAGAAAUUCUUUCAGGUACCUCCAAGAAUGACAUACGUUGCAAGCAAAUAUGUUUGCUUGAACAAGGAUAUGCAAUUAUGAUAGAGCGAACACUGAUCAACCAAAGUACAGUGGAAUUAAGGAUAACUGAUUUACACAAAAUUCUUAGCACUGAACUUGAAAGAAGUCAGGGAAGGAGAAAAGAUUGUUUUGAAAGAGGACUUCAUCACCAAAUCCAAGUCUUACGUAAUGUCCGAAUUGCGAAUGAAGACGAGACCGAGGACGGAGAUCUAGUACGAAAAGGAUCUAGUCUUCAAAAAUUCAAAUUAGCUGAGGCAUUAGAUGCAUCUUUUCCUGACAUUAUAUGGAAUUACUACUAUGCUAAAGCAUUAAACCAGUAUUACGAUUCUUUGGAAACUAUACGUAAAGAUCAUGGGAAAGAUGCAAUAAAUAAAUUAAACAGAAAUAUACAUGAAUCGGGACAGGCUGCAAAAUUUGAAGAUGACUUUACAAAAGAAAUGAAAAAAGUUACAUUAAAAGCAAUUGAAAACUUUUGGAUGAUAUCUCAAACUCAAAGUCCCAUAGUCAGAACAUUUGUUGCAAGGUCUUAUUCCUACAUCGGACACAUACUGAUCAAACGUGGUGAUAUGGUUCGGUCUUCCGGAAACGCGUUUAACUUAAAUACAAAUAAAAGCUUUAAACGUUAUACAGAUAAUCCGGUUAAGGCUGCAGAAAUGGCUUAUAGGCUUAAAAACAAUGAUGUAACUGUUUUAACUAGAUAUGGAAGGACUUUAUGGAAUGAAUCAAUGGAUAUUGAUGACAAUAGAGAAAAGUUGAGAUUACUUGACAUGGCAAAUGAUAUUCUUACACGUUCAAUUGAUACGGAAGACACUGGAAAUAGGUUUGCCCUCUCAACUUGAAUGCAUGUUAGGAAAGACAUAUCCGACAUCCUAGGUAAAAGUAACACUAAAAGAGAUUCCGUUUUAGCAGAAAAAUAUCUGUUGGAUGCGAAACAAGAUGGAGAAACAAUUUUCAAAUCACAAAAUACACAAAAAGAUAUGAAUGUCUUGGCAGAAAUUUGUCAGAAACUUGCAAAGUUUCCGUGCACUUAUAAGUAUGGGCGAAAAUGUGUACACACUGAAGGUCUCUUACAUCAAGCUUUAGACUAUCUGUUAUACGCGUCUUAUUUAGGAGAUCGACCUGAUUUUCACUUUGCUACCAGAAAGGCAUCAUGUCUCUUCGAUCUCGGUGAAUACGCUCAUGCCAUUGAAUGGGAGUAUAAAGCUUGGCUGCUUUCAUCACCUUCAACCCAGAUGUCGUUUUACUUACUAUGUAUUUAUAUGGUGACAAUGUUCGAAGAUGAUUUGCAGAUACCCUUUGAUCAACUCGUAAAAGAAUUUUUGUACGCUCUUAUAUAUGGUAAAAGAAAAUACCAGGAUAUCGAUUGGAGCAUCAAAAAGCUGUAUAAGAAAAACAAAAAAGGACUUUUGAUAUUGAUAAAAGCAAUUAUUGCGGAAACGAAGACUACACUUCGAACGACAGAAAAAGAGAUUCUGAGUGAAUGCAUACAAAUUUGGACAAGUAUUGCAUAUACAGAAGAUUUAGAAGAGUAUUCAAAAUUAGAAACCAUUUUGAAAGAUGUGAUACCACGACAAGUAAAUGAGUAUGUACUCUCAGAAACGUUUCAUCAGACAUCUUUGAAACCUCUAGCUGAGGGUAGAAAAGCAUGCUCCAGAAAAUUUGAGUUUGACUUUUUCGUAUCACACAGUCAUAAAGAUGAAGACUGGGUGACAAACAUUCUACUCAGACAUCUAGAGAGCCAGUUUGAUGAGCAAGAUGUAGCGUUUAAAGGUUGCAUUGCCGACAGAGAUUUUAUACCAGGUAUUUCUAUACUGGAUAAUAUCAUUGGUGCUAUCAAAAGAAGUAACAAAGUCAUCCUUAUUCUAACGGAUCACUUCGUGUCCAGUAGUUGGUGUCAGUACGAGGCAGAUCGAGCCGUAUUUAAAUCAUUAAAUCUAGAUUCAAAAGACAUUAAUUGUGUAAUACCAAUUGUUUUAGAAGAUUGUUCCAUACCUGAGAAAAUCAACCAUCUAAACUUCAUAGAUAUGACAAUAAAAAGGGAUUUCGUACAGGAAAUGAUGAGGUUAAAGAAGGUUUUGUUGUCUGCGGACAUAUGAAACUCCUAAACAAACAAGUUUAUGCCCGAUAACUCAUGAUUUGAACUUAUUAUAAUGAAAAUUCAAUGAAAUAACCAAUGUUUGUUUAUAAAACUUAUUUUAAACCCUUAAAUUUCUCUUUCUUUUAUUUGCUUGUGCUUUGUUUAAAUUCGUUUGUCUAAUCUAAUUGUGCAAUGAUUGAAAACAUCACUUUUAAUUAAUAUAGUGACUGUGUAGAAUUGAGUCAUUUCUCUGAGUUGCAUUUGUUGUUUAAAUUGUUUUUUUAAACACGUUUUGUCAUGUCGGGGCAUUUUAUAGCUGACUAUACGGUAUGGGUUUUGCUCAUUGUUGAAGUACGUACGGUGACCUAUAGUAGCUUGAAACCAUGUUAGUUGUCUCAUUGGCAAUUGUACACUAACGUUUUAAAAAAUAAAAUAUUAUUUUCUUUA